AUGGGAACAGGUGAUGCCUCCUUCAGUGGUAAGUGGCAUGGAGUUGCCAAGAUGUGGCAAUCGAGAAUGCGUAAGAAGCUGGAAGAUGGUGAUAUCAUAUGCUUUCAGAAGGCUUCUUCUUUGGACACUGAGGAAAAUAUCCGUUAUCCGGAUGUGCCCUCAUAUUUAGAAUAUGUGCAUAAUCGCCAGAUUUCUCUUGCCCUCUUUUCACUACAUGCUGGUGCUUGUGCAUAUCUACCUAAAGAAGAUGACUUUUUCUUGGAGAUGUCAAGGCUUUAUACUUACGAUGAUACGUCAGAUAUAUUAUACUAUGAAGUACUUGACAUCCCUCUACCAGAAUUACAAGGGUUGAAAACUCUGAAAGUUGCAUUUGCCACUAAGGAUGAAGUGUUCAGUCAUACUAUCCGACUUCCAAAGCAGAGUACUGUUGGGGAUGUCCUUGAUGAUCUUAAAACAAAGGUAGAGUUAUCUGAUCCUGAAGCUGAACUUCGCUUACUUGAAGUCUUUUAUCACAAAAUAUACAAGGUCUUCCCUCCAAAUGAAAAGCUUGAAAACAUUAAUGAUCAAUACUGGACAUUACGAGCUGAGGAGAUUCCAGAAGAAGAGAAAAAUCUUGGUCCUCAUGAUCGUCUAAUUCAUGUGUACCAUUUCAACAAAGACACAGCUCAAAACCAAAUGCAAAUUCAAAACUUCGGGGAACCUUUUUUUCUGGUUAUACAUGAAGGAGAAACUCUAUCUGAAAUUAAAGUGCGAAUACAGAAGAAACUUCAAGUUCCUGAUGAUGAGUUUGCCAAGGUAUUACCUCUUGUCCAGCUAUUUGAUGGAAGUUUGCAUUUUCUAUCACUAGGGCGUCCGGAAUACCUUCAAGAUUCUGACAUUGUAUCCAGUCGUUUUCAGAGAAGAGAUGUUUAUGGUGCUUGGGAGCAAUAUCUUGGCUUGGAGCAUACUGACAAUGCUCCUAAAAGAUCAUAUGCUGUCAACCAGGAACCUGCAAUUGAUGAGUUCAUCAUGUAUGAAUUCCGCAUUAUUAUAUAUCUAUGGGCUUGUACACUUGGGGAAGAUGGCAAGAGGCUACUAUGUAUAGGACUAAUGAAAUCAGCAAUGCAGGUGGUGUCUGCAGACUUUAAGUUAGUCAUGUGUUAG